AACAAGAGAAAGAAGAGACUCCAGAAAUAGCUUUAGAACAAUCAUUAGAUUUACAUAUCUAUAAGAUCACAGACCAAUUACAUCAGCAAAGAGUUCAGGCCCAACAAAAUAUUAAAGAAGCUCAAUAA